AUGUUUUCUUCUAUGUUCUUUAGUUUUGAAACAUCGAUCGUGUCUUCACUUCAGAAGCUGCUUAGUGUUGGUGAAGGUCAGGGUAAGGUAAACGGCGGAGGUUUUGAAUAUCUUUCCGAUGAUUUGGUCAUCGAAAUACUGAGAUGGCUCCCUGCCGACCAGCUGUGGUUGGCUUGUCGACUAGUCUGCAAGAGAUGGUAUGCCCUAAUCUCCUCUCCCUCUUUUGCUCAUGCGCAUGUCCGACAAUCUCCUUCCACUUUCUUUCUUUGCUACCAACAGAAUCCUAUGUGGCCUAAUCAUACAAGAAAACUGGAUUUCGUUUUUCCUCAUGAUGAUGAUGAUGCCAAUGGAUCGGUUUUUGUCAAAAGGUCUUUGAAUAAACUUUUAGCUGAACGUUGGAAGCUUGAUGGUGUUGUUCCCGUUUCUUCUUGCAAUGGGUUGAUUUUUCUUUCGUCUUGUUGGUUUUUUUCUGGUUCUACUUUCUUACCAAUUGAGUUCCAAGUGGGAAAUCUCGGUUUGUUUUCGACUAGAAUCCGCGAUCUCGAUCAAAUCUAUAUCUGCAAUCCGGUCACCGGAGAACUAAUAGCUAUUCAUAAUCCUUAUAAUUUUACCCUAAGUGGAUAUUGUGGAUUCUUUUAUCAUUCAUCAAUGCAAGAGUACAGGCUGCUCCAUUUUCACACGACAGGUACAAGUAACACAGACACCCUUUUUGAAUAUGAUGUACUCACUCUAGGUUCCACCAAGUGGAGAAGGUUAUGUACCCUUCCUUAUCGCGUCCGACCGGGAUCGUCUCCGGUGGUACUUGAUAACACGCUUUACUGGAUGAUUCACCGUUCAUCAUCCACAUGUGAGAAAUCUAUCAUGAUGUUCACCAUGGACGAUGAAAAGUUUAGUACACUGCCUCAUCCAAGUUGUCCAUGCCAAACGAUGAAAUCCCAUCAUCGGAUGCAUCUGUUAGAGAUGGACGGUCGACUAACAUGUUGGUAUUUGUCAGGACAAGAUGUCUUUGCAUGGGCUGCUGACGUCUGCGGCAAGGGCGACUAUUAUACCGCGGUGGUGCGUUGGCAUCGGAUCUACCAUCUUGAUUUUAAUCCAAGUUUUGAGAGCUAUUUUUUGGGGAGCAUUCCGGAUAAUUGCCAUGUAAAACUUGUGAGCAUUCAGGAUGGGAAAAUAUUACUAGUCUGGCCACAAAAGGGAGUGUUUCACUACAAUUUAUCGACGAAUACAGUGGAGAAGGUUAAAUUAAAUGGGAGUGCUAAGUUCUUGAGUAAGUAUUUAGGGCAUACCAGUUACACCAAAAGUAUGGUCUCAUUGACCAACUUUUAUCCUGGAUUAUCUAGAAUUUAUGUGAAUUAG